AUGUCCUCGGGACAAUCGGUUGUCCGAAGGCCACUAUUCGCCAAGUCCAAUGUCGAACUCAUCAACGCACUGCGCACGAACUUCUCCUCCUCAGCCCAGGAACAUGCAAGCGCAGUACAUCCUCACCACCAUCUCUCCACCACCGGGUCGUCCGCAGCGACAGCAACGGCCACACCGACGUCGAAUUCCGAAACAACAUCAUUAUUGUCAUCACCCUCACUCCCCCCUUCCGGCGCAGACUUCACACAAUGGACCACCAAAGAUGGGGACACACUAUACGUGCCGAGCUGGCAGCCAACGCCGUUGACGGAACCAAGAGACUCGUAUGAUGUGACGGCGAAAUUAUUCUAUCUCCCAGGCAUCCCUUCUUCAAGACGGUGCAAACACACUCGAGAGGCGAUUGAUCUGGUGCUAAAAGAGCUGGGUGUCGACAGCAUUGAUCUCUUGAUCGUAAGCUACCCGGGCGUCAGCUUUGAUGCAGAUGACUACGACGGCGAAGACGGAGAAGGUGAAGGCCCAGAAACCAGAUCUGUACCCGACGAAGACGCCAGUCUGAACAGCGAUCACGAAUCGGAAGGCUUCGAUGCCCAGAUCAAAGCAUGGCGGGUCCUCGAAUCCCUGCAUUCACAAGGUGUGAUAUCCCAAUUGGGUGUCUCUGAAUUCAGUUCCGAACGCCUAGAUAAAUUCCUACCAGAGGUGACGGUGCGGCCGACGGUGGACCAGAUCAAUGUCAAGGACUGCUGCGUAGUUCCGAAGCCGUUGAUCGUAUAUGCCAAGGAGAACCAUAUUGAGUUGCUCACCCAUGCCGACUGUACCGACAUCUUACCACCGGGGACGACGAGGGAGUUACUCGGUCCAGGCAAGGACGGCGCGGGGAUAAUCGCCGCCAGACCUGAUGCUGGUACUGAGGACGAGGCCGGGUUGAAAGGUGAUAUUGAACCGCAAUGGGUCAUUAAGUAUACCGCCGUGGUCAAGAAUCGUGGUGUCAUCGAGAGUAAAGGGUAUUUUGCGGUCGCGCAGUUGGGCACUUGCAUUGAGGAUAACGCGAACGUCACGGUUGGUGGAGUCAAUGUUGUUGAGCCAGCUGCCGAGACCUCUGCUCCGCCCGUCUGA